AUGUCUUCCAUCGCCAUAAUGCAACAGACGUCGCAAAACUUGGAAUGGUCAAUCAAUUGCAUUAUAUAUCAUGCCAUGUAUUUCCAUGAACAGUGCCAGACUUUGCGUGGCAUAUACGAAGCCGGUGAGGUUAAAAACCUGCUUCGAGACGGCUCCACGCGAUAUCCCCAGUCGGACGAAGAAAAGGCCAAGGGAAUGUCCUUCGAGAUCCGAGACCUGUCCUUCUCAUACCCCGGCAGCCAAAAUAUCAAACCGGCAAUCUCGAACAUUUCCCUAUCCAUUAAACCAGGCCAACUCGUCGUCAUCGUUGGAGGCAACGGCAGCGGAAAGUCUACCAUCAUCAAGCUCCUCACACGCAUGUACGACCCGUCAUCCCCUCCUGAGUCCAUCCUCGUCGACGGCUUGCCCUUGUCGCAUUACCGCAUGUCUGACCUUCGCCAGGCUACGGCGACGCUGACACAGGACCACACCAUUUUCCCUCUGUCUCUCGGAGAAAAUAUAGGGAUGGGAUAUGUCCAGCAUGUAUCAAAUGACUCAAUGAUUGACCGUGCGGCGGAGAUGGGGGGCGCGACGGAUCUUCUUGAUAAACUGGAAAAGGGAAAGGACACGGUGCUACCUUCUAGACAUGAGGCGCAUGGCCUUAAUCUUCCAGACGGGGAGGAUCACCCUUUACGCAUCCUUAUGAAACAGCUGCAAAAGCCCAUCGAGCUUUCUGGAGGCGAGAAACAGCGAGUUGUCGCAUCUCGGACUUUUAUGCGUUUCAAGUCUGGAACUGUGAAAUUUGUUGCCGUCGACGAACCCAGUUCUGCACUGGAUGCUGAGGGUGAGGCAUUACUUUUCGGUAAUCUUUUACAGGCUCGGGAAGGAAAAACGAUGAUCUUUGUUACACAUCGGUUCGGACAUUUGACGAAGCACGCGGAUCUCAUCGUAUGUAUGAAGGACGGAACCAUCGCUGAAGCUAGCACCCACGCAAACUUGAUGCAAUUAGAUGGAGAAUAUGCAAAAUUGUACAAUAUCCAGGCGGGCCCUUUUGUGGAUAUCUGA